AUGGCCCGCUCCCAAUCAACAAGCAGCGGUAGCUCCGACCUUGAUCCGUCGACUAGUACCGAAGAAAAGGGCAGAGAUUCCAUCGACGAAAUACAAGGUUGCGGCAAAGCCGGUGACUUCCCGCACAAUGACUCGGAGAAGCAACCUGCUGGGCUCCGAAGAUUGGCGACGCGAGACUCCAACACGCAGGCUAUACCCGGUGUCCAACUCGAUGAGAGUGACUUCGAAGACAGUGCUGGGCAUGCACCAGGUGCCGUCGAGGAUCAUGGCAGCCGUGGCAGUGGUGUCUCUGGCCUCGCUGAACGCGUUCUCAGCCGCACGACGAGCAGAUCGAGUUUCAACCCUGGCCCUCCGCCUGACGGUGGCCUGAAGGCCUGGACGGCUGUCGCAGCAGGCCACCUGGUUAUCAUGAAUACUUGGGGAUAUAUCAACUCGUUUGGUGUUUUUCAAACAUACUAUGCUACUGAGCUUGGCCUCCCACCUGCGACGAUUUCCUGGAUAGGCUCUAUCCAGGUGUUUCUGUUGUUCUUUAUUGGCACGUUUACUGGUCGAAUCACAGAUGCAGGACUCUUUCUAGCCCAGGGCGUGUGCAUGGGCAUCGGAAACGGCUGUCUCUUCUGUCCCACAGUUGCGACCGUGUCAACGUACUUCAGUAAGAAGAGAGGGCUGGCGAUAGGCAUGACGGCGUGUGGAAGUGCGACAGGAGGGCUCAUCUUCCCUGCAAUGGCAAGGCAGCUGUUGCCCACGGCAGGGUUUCCUUGGACAGUCAGGGCGAUCGGAUUUAUCCAGCUCACGAGCCUGAUCGUUGCAAAUAUUGGGUUGAAGCGGAGGAUCCCGCCUAGGAAAGCUGGGGCGCUUGUCGAGUGGGCUGCUUUCAAGGAGCUCGAGUACACCUUUUACGCCGCUGGAAGCUUUUCUUGCUUUCUCGGCGUCUACUUCGCCUUUUACUAUCUAGCUUCUUACUCUCGCGACAUCAUCGGCCUUUCCUAUGUCGACUCGCUCAACCUUCUGCUCCUCCUGAAUGGCAUCGGCAUCAUUGGCCGCCUAGUGCCAAACCAUCUCGCCGACCGAUGGGGUCCUAUCAACGUCUUCGUGCCCACGGCCGUCAUCGCUGGCGUCUGCCAGCUCACCUGGAUCGCCGUGACUAACCCUUCCGGCCUGUACGCAUGGGCCGUGUUCUUCGGCAUAGCUGCCGGGGGCAUCCAGUCCCUCUUCCCUGCUGGGCUCAGCAGCCUGACGACGGACCUGAGGAAGUCGGGCACCAGGAUGGGCAUGGUCUUCACGAUUGUCAGCUUUGCGACUCUCACCGGGCCGCCGAUUGCUGGCGCGAUUAUCAGCAGCUGUGGGGGCCAGUACUACGGCGCGCAGGCUUUCGCAGGAGGGACCAUGAUUCUGGGUGGCGGGUUUAUGAUGGCAGCUAAGGUGGUGAAGCAGAGAAGGCUUGGUGGAGGAUGGAAAGGAAAAGUCUAG